CAGCAGCAGGAGAGUGGUGGGGCGAAGAAGCAGUCCCUGCAGAGGCUCCUUCCGUCUCUUCCCUCUCCAAGCCAUGCGCCUUUGCUUCAUGACAUCUACAGAUGGAGAAGGGAAGAGGUUCUUCAGUCUUGAUGGAGCCCAGAGUGAAGCUGGAGGAGUCAAACCAGACCAGCCCUGAAGGGGGAAGAGAGCCCAAUGAAAUGUGGGACAGGAGAACUGUUGGAUCCCCAGGCAGAAUGGGUCAAGAUGCCCUGGAGGAGAAGGCCUUCAGGGCAAACCUUCGGUACCAACGCUUCCAGGGCUUUCACUUCCAGGAGACUUUGGGGCCCCGAGAGGUUUGCAGCCGCCUCCACUCUCUCUGCCGCCUGUGGCUGAAGCCAGAGAAGCACUCCAAGGCGGAGAUGGUGGACCUGGUGCUCCUGGAGCAGUUCCUGGCCGUCCUUCCUGCGGAGAUGGAGCGCUGGGUGAGGGAAUGUGGGGCAGAGACCAGUUCCCAGGCCGUGGCUUUGGCUGAAGGAUUCCUCCUGAGUCGGGCAGAAGAGGAGAAGGCGCUGCAGGAAGAGCAAAAGGAGAGAGAGGACCUUCAGGCCCAGGAGGCCCCGUUGGAGACCAGCAAGACGUUCCCUUCCAGGUGGAUCAAGCUGGAGGAGGAGGAGGAGGACACAAGAGCUGCUCCACCAGAGGAAGAGCCAAGGAUGUUGGGAAGCCACAAUGGCUUAUCUGUUUGUGAAGCAGGAGAAACGGCCUCCAUGGAACAGGAUCAGGUGACUUUUGAGGAUGUGUUUGUACAUUUCAGUGAGGAAGAAUGGGCCCUGCUUGAUCCGGAUCAACAGGCCCUGCACUGGGAGAUCAUGGGAGAGAAUUAUAAGAUGUUGGCCUCUUUCGGUGGUGCUAGAAAAGAGAGUGAAAAUGGGACAGCAUCAUAUAAAGUGUGGUUUAAACCAGCAGAAUAUAUUGAGGGGGAAGAGGGAAACCUGGAAACGGAAAGAGAAGAUUACAGAAGGAAGGAGUGUUCUGCCAGUAUGAGGGAAAACACAGUUCAAGAAACUGUAGAUGAAAGCAGGGAAAUUAGGAACUGUCUUGUCCUUGAGACUAACUUCUUGCAUGAGGACUCAUGCCUAAAUGGUGAUAGCACCAUCCGAAUAGAGAAAGGACAACCUCAAUGCCAUCAACAGGAAGAGAGUUUUGGGUCUAGUAUACACCUCAGAAACUAUGAAAAACCACAAAUUGUGGCUAAACUAUAUAAAUGCCUGGAGUGUGGGAAAGGAUUUUCUGAAAAGAGAAGUCUUAUUGGACAUGAAAUGAAUCACAGAGGAGAGAAACCCUAUAUGUGUUUGGAGUGCGGGAAGAGUUUUUCUUUGAGAGAACGCCUAAAGCUCCACCAAAACACUCACAGAGGAGAGAAGCCAUUUAAAUGCCUGGAGUGUGGAAAAUGUUUUUUUCAGAAAGGAAACCUCAACAAACACAAAAGAACCCAUACAGGAGAGAAGCUAUAUAAAUGCCAGGAAUGUGGAAAAGAUUUUUCUGAAAGGAGAAGUCUUAUUGGACAUGAAAUGAAUCACAGAGGAGAGAAACCCUAUAAAUGCACUAAGUGUGGGAAAUGCUUUCAUCUCAAAGGAGUCCUAAACAAACACCAAAAAACCCACAUGGGAGAGAAUAUAUAUAAAUGCCUGGAGUGUGGAAAAGGAUUUUCUGAAAAGAGAAGUCUUAUUGGACAUGAAAUUAAUCACAGAGGAGAGAAACCCUAUAAAUGUCUGGAGUGUGGAAAGAGUUUCUGUUGGAAAAGAUCCCUAAAGCUGCACCAUUACACCCACAUGGGAGAGAAGCCAUAUAAAUGCUUGACAUGUGGAAAAAGCUUUGUUGAAAAUAGAAAUCUCACUAGGCAUGAAAUGACUCACAGAGGAGGGAUGCCAUAUAAAUGCCUGGAGUGUGGAAAAUGUUUUCAUCAUGAAGGAGUCCUAAACACACACCAAAAAACCCACACGGAAGAGAAGCCAUAUAAAUGCCUGAGGUGUGGAAAACAUUUCUUUCAUAAAGGAAACCACAAGAGACAUGAAAGAACCCACACAGGAGAGAAGCCCUAUAAAUGCCUAGAGUGCGCAAAAGGUUUUUCUGAUAAGCGAAGUCUCAUUGCACAUGAAAUGAAUCACAGAGGAGAGAAACCCUAUAAAUGCCUGGAGUGUGCAAAAGGUUUUUCUCAUAAGCAAAGUCUCAUUGCACAUGAAAUGAAUCACAGAGGAGAGAAACCCUAUAAAUGCCCGGAGUGUGGAAAAGGUUUUUCUGAUAAGAGAAGUCUUAUUGGACAUGAAAGGAAUCACAGAGGAGAGAAACCCUAUAAAUGCCCGGAGUGCGGAAAAGGUUUUUCUGGUAAGAGAAGUCUUAUUGGACAUGAAAUGAAACACAGAGGAGAGAAACCCUAUAAAUGCCUGGAGUGCGGAAAAGGUUUUUCUCAUAAGCAAAGUCUCAUUGCACAUGAAAUGAAUCAUAGAGGAGAGAAACCCUAUAAAUGUCUGGUGUGUGGGAAGAGUUAUAGCCUUAAAUCCAUUCUUACAACUCACCAGAACAGUCAUACAAGAGAGUGUGGGAAGAGGUUUGGCUUCAAAUCAGACCUCAAAAAUGUCCAGAAUACUCUUAUAGAAGAGAAAUCAAAGACAUCUCUGGAUUGAGGGAAGAACUUCCAUUGGAGAACAAGUCUGAAGGCCCACUAAAAAAACUCACAUAGAAGAGAAGUAAAAAAGCCUGGGACCUGAUAAGAGUUGAACUGCAAACUGAAUUUGAACUCAAAUAAUAACAAUGUUUAGACAAAGAGAAAUUAAACAUAUUCCUGCCUUCUGGAAAAGCUGAGUUCCACAACAAGCUUUCACAAUGCAGUAAGAAACCCACACAGGAAAUAAGCCAUGGAAAUACCUGGAGUGUGUUAAGGCCUUCACUUAGAAGAAAAAUCCCAUUGAACAUGAAAUGAAUCUCAGAGGAGUGAAGCCUCUAUGCUGAGAGGGUGGAAAGAAUUGUGUCUUCAAAUCAGGUCUCAAAACUCUCCAGGAGAGGAAGCGUACACACGACAAGAGUGUGGAAAGAGUUCAGUCCUCAGUAGGCAGCAGAAUGCUCACACAAUGAAGGAAACACAUGCGGACAGAAAACUGCUCUAGCCUUUGUAUUGAUGCCUUCUUGUCUAGACUGAUAGCAGAUUCCAGUCAUUUUGGAUCUUUUCUUGGCCACGCUGGUUUCCUCCUGUUCAGCUCUUUUUUGCUUGUUUUAGAAAGUUCACUGAAAUGUGCUUUGUUUCUUGUAUUCUUUUGGAAAUGCCCAGAGAGAAAUAAAGGCAUCUUAUGGCCUGGUGGUGUAAUGGUU